AUGACUGGGAAAGACUGUGUUGCCAUUGCAUGUGACUUACGUCUAGGGUCGCAAUCUCUUGGGGUUUCAAAUCGGUUUGAAAAGAUCUUUAAUUAUGGCCAUGUAUUUGUGGGGUUGACUGGUUUGGCUACAGAUGUGACGACUUUAUAUGAAACUUUUCGUUACAAGACGAAUCUGUACAAAUUAAGGGAGGAUAGGCCAAUCGAACCUUCUACUUUUUCACAUUUAGUAUCAAGCACAUUAUAUGAAAAAAGAUUUGGUCCUUAUUUUGUUGGGCCUGUUGUUGCAGGCAUAGAUACGAUAUCGCAGAAACCAUACAUUGCUGGAUUUGAUUUGAUUGGGUGUAUUGAAGAAUCUAAAGAUUUUAUUGUCAGUGGUACUGCUUCUGAACAAUUAUUUGGUAUGUGCGAGUCUUUGUACGAACCUAAUUUGGGAUCAGAAGAUCUAUUUGAAACAAUAUCCCAGGCUCUUCUAAAUGCUGCCGAUCGUGAUGCCCUAUCAGGUUGGGGGGCUGUUGUCUAUUUGAUUGAAAAAGAUAAAGUAGUGAAAAGAUAUUUGAAGACCAGACAGGACUAG